UGCCUCGCAUAGGCGGUCCACAUCCUCGAGAUUUCUCUCGGAGCCACAUAUCGAGGUUGUGCGACCACCAUAAGGACCGACAGCCGCGGUCUUCGGGUUGCCAGAGCCAGUAGAGCGACUCAACCUCGACAUUGGCCUGACCAGCCCCAGGAGUACUGCAUAUUCGAGGCCCUGGUCGAGGAGCUUGCAAGCAGCCAACAUGGAAUUGUCUGAGCCACUCAUGGACUGCAACUUCCCGGAGAUGCUGGCCGGGGACUUGGGUCGUUCAGCAGAGGUGUUCAAGUCGAAGAAUUUAACUGCUGGGGCGCCCACAGUUUCGCUGUCAGAAGCUGGAGUUAGGAGAGAGCGGCGUGGUUCACUUCAGGAUAGGUCGUCGCUGCCGUUUUCGUCGCAGGCUCGAGAUAUCUUAUCGCGAAUGAAAUCGCUGCAGAUGGUGAAUCAGGAUUGCUAUUCGCAGGUAAUGGCGUCUAUCAAUGUCGAGUCAAGGAAGAGCAUCGAGACGAUCGCUUCUGAAUCGUCGGGCGGAAUGGAGCCACCUUCAAUUGCAGGGCGUGGCGUGUCAAUCACUACUGCAGCGACCUCAGUGUCUGGUUGUGGUUCAACUGGCAGAACUUCGCCGAGCGACAAGUCCAAUUCACCCACUGACAAGAUUUCAAUCUCCAAUCGCAGUUGGGUGGACCUAGAACUGGAAGACAAUGACAGCACCGUCAAUGACCAUCUGAAGGUAGCAAACAACAACUUCCUCCUCAACCUGGAGAGGUGCCAUUCUUUAGGCAACCUCAACCCGCCAACAAUACCAGAAUCACCAAAAUAUCUCGGCGAGCCCCGCAGCAUGUCGAUGACCACGAGAAUGGCUUCUCGCCGAGCUGCAGAUCCCUUCACGGCUUUCAGCUCGCCGACAAAAACCUCCAGGCGCCCGAAAAAUCAGCAAGAUGCUCAACCCAUCGAAGGCAACCGCUUGAUGCAACCAACCGAAUUUCCUACAAGGCGCUCAUCAUUAAGCCAUGCUUCCCUAGAGUUAUUACAAUUACCUCAACCACGAAUUGUUCCACGAUCUCCGCCUUCCCCAAUCCAGCUCGUUCCCAGCAAUGUUUCGCAACGCCACCUACACCCAAAUGUAACACCAGUCCGGCCGCCCUCCUCUGGGAGAGGUCUGAAUCGUCAGAUGGUCAGGGAAGAAGAGGAAGAGGAGGAGGAGGAGGCGCGCAGCAUGCUAUCAUUGAGCGACGAGGAGGAGGAGGAAGACAGUCUGAUGGAUCUCACAUUAAUGACCCCGCAGGAUAAGAUAAAGGUCGCAUCGCCUGCCAUUGUCUCACCGUUGGCGGAUAUUGAGCAGUGGGUAGAUCAGAGCAGCACCGAGCUCUCGCAUUCGCAUUCAUCUCACCCGACCAAGGAUUUUCAAGGAUCGCGCAUCCCAAUCGCACCUGAGGUCCUCGACACACUUCGAGUUUCUGUGGCAUGCUUUCCUGAGACGAUGCUUCUCUGCUCCAGCCUCUCAAUCGAAACAAUCCGAGGGAACUCCAAAAAAUUCAGAUUCCGUACUCCUAAUCACAACACCGCCUCUCAGGUAUCGUUGAAUCUGCAAGACAAUCCUGCCAAGUCGUCCAAAUGGAAGUGGCUCCCUACCAAGAAGAUCUCCGAGCACAGUCCGACAAAGCUUGAGUUUCAAUCGAGGUCUUCCAUAGACCCGUUGGGUGAAACGGCAGGCACGCGCUCAGAGUGUCCAGAAUGGUACGCCAUCAAGAAUAUCUUUCCCACUGGGACCGAUCAUCUUUGUGACGCACUCUAUGCACACAUUUUGGCAUACAAUUACAUUACCUCGAUAUGCCCGCGUUCUGCCGUUGUUAUCCCAGCAGCACGCCCCGUCUCCAAGCAGUCCAGUCAUCCCAGCAUAUCUACAGUUUCGAACAUUUCUUCCCGAAUAUCUGAGCUGUCGGCACCGCGCUCCGGUAGCAACGGGAUCCCCACAAAAGCUGCGACGCUCCUCGGUCUUCAAACCGACCCUUCGACCACGAUUGCACCACCUAGGGAAACACCUGCCACAAGACCAAGCACCCUACGUGGCAAAACUUCCUUUUUGAAGGGACGACGAGAGAACGCUAAGUCAUUCGUUCCCAUCAACAGUCGUACUGCGGAUGAUCAUGAUCAAUCACUCAAAGAUCUUCGGUUGGGCCUGGCCAAAUGUAUCGCACGACUUGUCGGUACUCUACGAUUGGCAUCCAGCGAGGAUUUUAGCACCUCUUCCAAGCCUGUCGACGGCAAGGACAUUGACUCGAUGUUCAUCCGUGCCUUGUGCGAGGUAGUCAGAUGUAACGAAGAGCGGUGAUGUCAUGGUGAAUUUUACUAGCUUGUGUCGCCCCUGGGCCGGGUGCAGAAACAUGAUCUUUCGAUUCGGUUAUGCGUUACUUUCACCAUUAUUAUGAGCUUAUAUGCUUUCUAUUAUGCAUCCUAUGAUAAAUCAUCUCCACAAAAAGAUGUGGUUUGUCCAGGUAUCGACUCUCGAUGUUCCGGAACCAGGGUUUCUUUUGUCAUAAUGAGGAGACAAACAAGGAUAGAAAAGAAAUCAGGCGAUGAGGCGUUGAUGGCGGCCACACCGCUGGCAAAUGGUUUUCCCCCUCUGCGGUAUAUACCCCUUUGCGUUAUGAGGCUUUACAUUAUUUUCGUUACUCGCAGAUAGGUUGUACGAGUAGUAUCACAGGCUUAGUUAGAUUGCACAUCGCAUGACAAUCUUUAUUGGCUUACUUGCCAUAAACAUCUUUUCUGGGCC